GCCCACUUGGCCCUUGUCUUUUGACGCUGGGCCACAUUUUGAUGUUCUGUUGUUUAUAUCAAUCGUUUUAGCCGAUAGAAAGGAACUAUAAAUGAAAACUGUGCUGGAUGGUAAUUUGUGGAUCAAAAAUAAUGCAACGACAAGAUAAUGCUGACGUAAAACCAAAAAGUAUUAACCUGACGUCGUACAUUGACCUGGAGACCACGAGUGCCAGCUCGACUUCAAGUUCCAGUAAUAGCGAUCCAGUCGAUAUGGAUUCAAUAGUAAUUCCUGAAAGUGACCUGUCCGAUGAUGAUCAGACGACAGAAGUCGGUUACGAUGAAAAGAUUACAGCCAAAGAGCGAGCCAUUCAAGAGGUGGACCUGUAUCUGACAAAACUGCAAGAUCGCCGAAAACAGCUGGUGGACGAGUGCAACAAAUUGAAAGACGAAAAGGCGUUGCGACAGUCAAAUAAAUUGGCGAAACAGAAUUGGGACAGUGAUGCAUUCCCGUGGAAUACUGAGAUCCAAUCAACUUUGAAGAAUGUUUUCAAAUUGUCUUCGUUCCGACCACAACAACUGAAAUGCUGUAACGCUGUGAUGUCAAAACACGAUGUAUUGUUGAUAGCACCUACUGGCGGAGGCAAAAGUCUAUGUUACCAGCUACCAGCUGUAGUAAAUCCAGGAGUAACAAUAGUGGUAUCUCCAUUACUGUCGUUGAUGGAAGACCAGGUGUGGUCUUUGAAGAACCUUGGUAUCGAGGCUCAACUUCUGUCUUCCACGACCGAACGGAAUCAGAGCAACGCAAUUUUGAAGAUGUUAUCAGAAACCUCUGACACCUCUGUUCUAAAAUUACUCUACGUAACUCCGGAACGGAUGGCGAAAAGUAAGCGAUUCCUCACCGCUCUCCAAAAAGCCUACUUCGCCAAGAAGUUAAAUCUGAUAGCCAUUGACGAGGUUCACUGCUGUUCGCAAUGGGGCCAUGACUUCCGACCGGAUUACAAGUUCCUGGGCGCUCUAAAGCAAAUGUUUCCAGAAGUGCCGAUAUUAGGGGUGACCGCAACGGCCACCUCGAAAGUCAUUGUUGAUGUUCAGAAAAUGUUGAACAUCAGGAACUGUUUGGUGUUGCGAGCACCGUUCAACCGACCGAAUCUGUACUAUCACGUCAUGGAAAAACCUUCCGAGAAGAGCGAAGUCUACAAUUUGUUGUGUGACCUGCUCAAAGGGCGAUUUGCUGGAAAAUCGGGCAUCAUAUACACAUUCUCGAUAAAAGAUGCUGAGGAUGUGGUGGGAGAGUUGAUAACGAGAGAUAUUCAAGCCCGUCCUUAUCAUGCUAAUCUUGCUGCCGACCGUCGUACAUUAGUGCACAAAAAAUGGUUAAGUGGAUCGAUACAAGUUGUUGUUGCAACUGUAGCUUUCGGAAUGGGUAUUGACAAGCCGGACGUUCGUUUUGUCAUUCAUCACACGAUGAGCAAAAGUAUGGAAAAUUUCUAUCAAGAAAGUGGUAGAGCCGGACGUGACGGUCAACGAGCUGAAUGCAUUCUGUUGUAUCGUUUCGUUGAUCUGGCUAAGAUUACAACGAUGAUGUUUUCGGAAAGAACAGGUCUAGCGAACGCCUAUGCUAUGGCCGAUUAUUGCAUCGAUGCUUCGCGCUGUCGCCGUGAUAUUAUAUCGAGAUACUUUUCGGAGGUGUGGAACGACAGUCGAUGCAAUCGGAUGUGUGACCGUUGCUAUCACAUUGAUUGCGUGAAAAUACCCAAGAUUGAUAUCACCAGUCACAUUUUCGAUCUGUAUGCGAUCAUCGAGAAUGCAGAAGGCGUAGACGUUAAACUGACUGGAACGAAGCUCAUCGACGCAUGGUAUAAAAAGGGUCCAGUCAAUCUCCGUUGCACCAACGUCGAGCUACCCAAACUAGAUCGAUAUUGGGCAGAACAAAUCGUCGCCUUUAUGAUUUUAGAGAAAUAUCUCAAGGAAGACUUCCACUUCACCGCCUACAAUACGAUCAGCUACAUUCGGAAGGGACCAAAUGUGCCGAAAAAGGAAGACGACAUUCUGUUCCACGGUGCUCGCGUAUUGAAAUUGCCUGAAUACGAUGCGGUGUGGAACGGUAACGCAACAGCAUCCGAUGAAAGUGUUGCUGGAAGCAGUAGACCACGAAAUUCAGGAGAAAAAAGGCGGAAAAAUAGUUCCACUUUGAAGGAGGGCAGUGCGAAGCGAGCGAAAAGUAAACCAUCCGGAUCGACUAGCGUUGCCAGUCCCAAAAACCGAAAUUCAGCUGGUAGCAGUUCUGCGACAACACCGAAAAGGCCAAAUGUUUCGAAUCGUUCGUCGGUGACGAUUACGCCGAAGGCUGCUUCUGCCAGCAAAAAGACGACUAAGACGACUGAGACUGCCAUCGAAUCUGUUGCAGGUCUACUGGUACGAGAAACGGAAGCAAAAUCAACUAGAGUAGAAGCUCCUCGGGUAAACGUUGUUGCAGAUGAUGUUAUCUAUGUCCCAGAGGAUCAAAAUGUAAUUGAAAUUUUGGAUUAACAUUAGACUAUAGGGGAAAUAAAGACAUGAACUUCAUUGAAGAA